GUUUGCCAUUUGCACCCGGUGCCCUGGGAUCUUGGGGAGGCCUCUGAAGGUGAGGCUCGAGCUCCUCUUUGGUGUAAAAGCCGAGUGGACAACUGGGACCUGCCACGCCUGCCACAGCUGCGUCUUCAUUUCAUCAGGAAGGCACCCUCAAAUGUUCAGCCACUCCACAAUCGCUGCAGGGCAUCUGGAAACUGUUUGUUACCGGGUAAACACGAACGGUGCCACGCUAUGGCCUUCUUCGGUUUAACGCACCUGGGUUAUCAAAACCCAAUAGGCGAUAAAAUGAUAGUGAAUUCUGCAGGAGCGUCUCAUCAUCAGGAUGGAAGGACUAACGUCAAAGCAGGACUGCCCCCAUCCCUUCAAAAACAACAGGGACCCCUCAGGUGUGCAGACAUAUGCAACAUUUCCCGCCAGCCUCUUCCCUACAGCACUGACAUACACCACGGGAGCCACGAGCGAUACAAAGAGAUGGUCAAGCGGGUUCAAACACCCAGAUCUCCCAACCAGCUCUACAUUAUGCCCCUGACAGACAGCCAGCAGUAUGGAUGGAUGAUGUCCAAGAGUCCUGAACCAUGGAUGCAAGUCAGUCGGUUUCCCCGAAAGAACAGUGAGAUGACCAAAUUUGUUAAAGAAAUGUCAGUGACAGACCGAGAGUUCAGCCUUUUCUGAAGAUUUCUUCUUCUUCACUGAAAUUAAACUGAUGAUAGAUAUAUUUGUAGAGAUUUUUUCAUGCUUUAUUUUGUUGAUUCCUUCAUUAAUGAUUAAUGAUCAAUUUAUUUUUCACACUGAAGGAAUUAAUUGAACUGUGACAAAGUACCCUAAAGUAAGAACUUAUUUAUCACUUUUGGAAGCCUAGCGGUAUGAAUAUUCACAAUAAGUUCUGGUGGGUACUAAAAUUUACAGGUUGCUUAUUGAGGAGAUAAAUAAAAGUUUGAACAAAUUCAUUAUUUGAAAAGCAAAACACUGAAACCGACAGCUGUUUUCAAUGUUGUGGCUGAUAGGUGCAUGUUACAAGUCUAUCUGACAUAAGAAAUAAGAAGUCAACUUUCUUCCUUUCAAGGGUCCCAGACCUGUGGGUUCAAAGGCAUUGCAGGAGUGGUCUGUAGAAAGAGUGAGAUUGUACUGCCCUGAUUUUAGAAAAUAAUGGACUACUGAGGGGUUUUUUGGGUUUGGGUUGAGAUUAGCUGAUUGACAAUGCAAUUUUCUUUACCUGAUUGACAGCAGGGGUCCUGGGAGUCUAAAAUCAGGAAGUGUAACUGUGUUUGAAAGUAUUUUCUCAAUUUCCAAGAAAUGCUCAGUUGUUCAGCAAAAUUUGUGAAGGACAUCAGUUGGAGUCAGUGAUCAUCUGGCUGGAAUUCAUGGUCAGUUCUGUCAGAUGACUAUGAAUGAACCUCACUAUCUCAGCACACUCAUCACAGGGAGAAUACCUGGUCACCUUUACAGGUGAGGUGUAACAGUACAGGAAACUGAUAGAUCCAGAUUGUCUUUCUGGUUGAAACAGAAAUAUAGGGCAAGAGGAGGACACUGGUUUUAGGUGUCUAGACUGAAUCACAGCUUGAUGGAACCUAGUAGGUGAGUUUUGCCCUGUGCUGUAAUCAAUUGAGAAAAAGAACUGGCCACUAUUUUGACAACAGAUUAAGACAUUUUUCAUGCAAGGAUGACAAACAUUUCAUGGUAGAGUAUUUUUACUGUGUGAUAUUACUAUGUUUACUUACUGUAAGUAAAGAAUUUGAAAAUACUUCUUUAACCACAGCCUGAUAUUCCUGUAACUACACGUACAAGCAGGUACAACAGGUACAACAGGUACAAGCACGGACUUCACUGGUGGGAAGGUGCACCAAUUAUCCACAGGUGGCAGAUUUUUCCACAGGCUGUUGCUUACCUUAACUUGCCUGUAGAUGGUGCAAAGCAGCACGUGUUCAUGUGUUGAUUGGUACAGGCUGGACUGAGCCUGCAGCUCUGCUCUGCUGUAUAAUAUUGACUUAAGUCUGAGGUGCUCUCCAUUAGUGGCAGUGUCACUGUUCUCAUGGUGAUUUGCUUCAAUAGGUCCACCCUAGUCCACCACAGUCAAUGGCGUAGUCUUCAACAGUCUGUUAAUUUCACAGUAAAAAUAGUGAGAGAUGAAUAACAAGGUGUCUCUUUUUUAUGUUUCAUACAAUUACAAUCACUUACCUUUGAGAAUAUCUUUGUUCGCAGCCUUUUGUUGUCUCAUACAUGUUAUAAUGGUGCUGCAUGGCCUGUGUGGGUAACUCUUAACACAUCUAAGGCAGGGAUAUUGAAUACAGUAUCAUAAUAAAACAGUCAGCACACACACAAUCUUUUAAAAAUUAAAAGUCUCUAGCUGUGACUAGUAAGUAUGAGACACACUUUCUACAAUUGCAAAAUGAUUAAAUAAUUGCAUUUGGCCUCUGUUCCUAUAAGGCACAUGUAAUAUAUAUUUGUGGUACAUUUAACAAGAUUAGUAAAUUAUAUGACCACACAAAACAGCCAUUGAUUUUUUUUUAUUUUUUUCUUCAAGGGGAAAUGUUAUUUUUCUCUUUGUCAUAGUCCUCAACUCUUCUUGUCCUUCAGCUUUGCAAAAAACACUCCCCUCUCAACUCCUCCAACUCAGGGAAAAUACAAAUAAAACAAAAACGAAUACGGAAGGAUUCAUCAGGCCUGAGCAAAACACUGUUUCAGUAGUAUGGGGACAACCUUCCUCCCCUCUCCUGUUCCCCCCAAAAACAUCCCAAGAGUUAACAAUCAACACAACUCUAUGGACAGCCAAUAGAAAUAGAAUACAUACAAUGCACAUUUUUAGAAACUCAUGUCCAUUCUAUAAACUCUCUGCUUAUAUGAAUCACUCUUCAUUGGUCACAGUUCACGUUAUAGUUGGUGAUCUCCCUUAACAUUACUGUCCUCUGGUGCACCCACCAUUGGCCGAGGCCAAAAAUCAUUGCACAGGAGGGACCGACCGAUAAGCACAAGGCUGCGUGAGCUGGCUUUGGUACAAACAUGAUCAACUGUUGGUUGCCAUUGUUGAGUGUUGGUGGAAGAGCUAAGUCAGGGCCGAUUCUCCCAAUUUUUACAAAAGCUGAAGCCAGAGAAAACCGAGAUCAUUGCAAUGAUGACAAUGUUCACUGGAAAAUUAUUCUCGACAAGCCCUUAUCCCUUUCUCUCCAUCCAAUCAUCAGCAGUCCAGACAGGGUAAGCAGGCACAGUUCCUGUUCAGUAUUAUUGUAGGAUUUGUUUUAUAUUAACUUAAGGCAAUUGAACGCAGCUAUUAGCAUUUUCACUUUUUCGCUGAAAGACUGAGUGUGUGUGUGUGUGUGUGGGGGGGUU